GCGUUAUUUCGAGUUAUUGUGUGGGCGGGCGAGUUGAAGUUCUGUCAAUUAGUGGUGCAGUUGAGGUUGAGUGUUCUUUGGGUCACUGGUCUGUUUAACUAGUUCAAUUGCUCCUGCCUAAAAUAAUGAGAUAAGUCACACUAAGUCUGAGGUACAUCACGAGGCCUAUCAACCUGUUAUGCAGCGCUCUGAUUGUUGCUUUGCGACACCACAAUUCUCAUCUGAAAACCAGCUUGUUUCUGAUAAUGUCACCUUUCACCGGAGAGUAAGCAAAAAAGGCAGCUCUGAAAAUUCUAAGUCUGUUAAUUUCUCUGAUGUGACCAUAUAUUCAUUCGAGCGUCAACAAGGCUCUUCAACCAUCCCUGAUACAGGUUGGUGCACAAUUGGCAUGGCACAAAAACACUUCAGUGUAUCUCGGUUAGAUCUUCAUCAACAUAGACUACUUCAAAGGCUUCGUCGAAAACAACGAAGGUUGAAUUCACUCAAGGACGGAACAGGAGUCAACCCCUCAAAUCGUGGGCGUGGGAGAGGCAGAAUACGGGGUCGAGCAAAGCGUGUAAAUAACAUCUCUUGUAGUCCUGGAGAUUCAUGUCGUGUGCCCAAUUUUUCACCUCCUCCUCCACUCUCCCCCAAGUGAGCACUGACGAUCCACUUUUCACGGAGACGUUAACAAACGCUGUUUAUGCUACUCCACCGCCUCCAUAUUUAUCCCCUCCUUCACCAAGAAGACUAGUUUACUGUUUGGAUGAUCCUUCACUAUAUACCAGUGUUUUUAAUUCACUCGAUCUGAUGGAUACUGAUUCUGAAGCUUCCCUCGACCACGCUCCUCCACUUAAUUCACCAGGACGCAAAAGAAGCAGUAGGGUGAAAAUGAUGCCGCUAAAUUCUGCUGAAAGGAUAAGGCUUUUAAGGUCAUCAGGUAUCACAAAAAUCGAUGGAUCGGAACGCCUCGUUUGUUCUUUUAUACGGACAAUGCGCUCUUGUGUUGGCUGUAAUUGUGAUCCAACAGAUUCAUGUAAACCCGGUCAGUGUUCAUGUGCAGACGAAGGAAUCCCUUGCCAGGUUGAUCGAGAAUCUUUUCCUUGCGCUUGUGCAGCAACUGGAUGCUGUAACCCAAGCGGUCGUAAUGAGUUUUCUCGUGAACAAGUUCGUGCACACGCUGAACAUGUAUUAGCACGUGUGUCUAGUCAAUCACCUAUCAAUGCUGUUAAUAAAUCUCCUCGAAAUAUGUCAGGUGUAAUGUCAGCUAAUGCAGAUCUCAGUACGUCGAAUGGAGCUUGUUCACUGUGUUCAUUAGAUAGUUCAAAAACUAUAGCAUCAAGUACUCCAUUGUCUUGUUGUUUUACCGGUAAUAUGCAUCAGAAAUCGGUGCACAAUUCCAAUUCGCCAACAAAUAACAGUCAAUUUGCAUUAAAUCGUAGUCCUAGUAGAAAUAGUAGUAGUAAAAAUCUAUCUCCUAUACCUGUGGUCAACAAUGAUGAUAAUGAAACAGGCUGGUUGCAUCAAUGUUCACCUAUCAGAACACCUGUGAAAAAAAAUCGUAGUAUAGCUUCGAGUUCUAUUGAAAUCACCGCUCCGAUCACUGCUACUGGAGAUUGUUUACAACAGAAAUCUUUUUCUAGUCCGCCCGUCAACCUGACUCCUGAUCACCAAAAAAAGAAUUCUAGAAUUGUGAUAGAUUUGACUCUGUCUCCAACAGACAGUGAUGAUGGUGAUAAGUUGCGCAAAAGUCCAAAAUCUAAACGUGACCGAAGUCGACCUACAGCUCACAGACAAACUCCCCUUAUUAAAUCGACAAAAUCUUCACCAUGCGAAGAGAAAUCUGCAAAAAGUCAUAAAACAAAACAAUCUUUAUCAGUGCUUCACACUUCUAUCGAUUCAUUUUCUGAUAUGCCAAUAAUAGUAACAACAACAACACAGGAUAAUGCUGGCGAUAAUGAAUCUUCUUUGGUUGAUUGUUCAAAUUCUCCUUUAGGAAAAUUUACUCACCGGAGAAGAUCACGUUCAGAAGAGCCAUCUAGUGAAUUGCGUAACUGUGAUAUUAUUACUCCUGUGCAAAUGAUUAACAAUUAUUCCGAAAAUGUUGAUAAUAAUGGCAUUAUUGAUUGUGUUGCGUCACCAGAUUCAUCUAUGAUGAUGAACAGAUGUAUGACAAAUGAUUAUGGUGAUGGAAGUGGCAGUAUUACUGAAUCUCCUGGCGCCUCCACAUCAGAUUUACGCUGGUCUUCAGCAAAGAUGAAUAAAUAUGGUAGGAUUACAAAAUCAGCACCAAACAGUCCUUAUAAACCAAAUACCAUGAAUGAUAAUUCUCGUUUCGGUAGAAUAUCUUUACGUCGUCGAGCUAUUCUACGCCUUCCAGUAACACCGUCUAGACGUACACCAGGCCAGUCGAAUCGUCAGCGUAAUUUCAAUUCACCAACAACGUCAUGUGGUAAUCGACUUCAGACGACUCCAAAUCCUUCAAAUUCUCUAACUGUUGCAAAAUCUUCCCCAUCAUCAUCAUCAUCAUCACUAUGGAAAAAUAAUUCAAUGUCGUCAGUUAAACAAUCUUUUAUUGAUCACAAUAAUGAUAGUGAUAAUAACCGUGGUAAUUUGGUGAUUGACAACAAUUCAAAUUCAAUGUCAUGUAUGUAGAACAAUAAAAUGUACACAACUUGUCGUCGUUGUUUUCCUGCAAUCAAUCAAUCACUGGUGAAUAUUUUUGAACUAGAGGAGAAGAGGCGAGAAGAAAUGACGAAAACUACAGCGUUUGGCUAUUUUUCUUAUUUUAAAAGAAUCCUUUUCUCUUUCAUCAUUUUCCUGCUAUUAUUAUUACUAUUAAUACCACUACUACUACUACAAGUACUGCGACCUUGACAAUGACUACAAAUAGCCAGCCCCAACAACAUCAGUAAAAACAAUGAUAGUGAUUGAUUUUUAUUACCUUCUUAUUUAUUUAUUUUCCAUUUUUUAUGCUACAGUCAUGAUUUAUUUAUUUAUUUACUUACUCAUUUAUUUAUUUAUGUUUGAACUUAACAUUAUUAUAAGAAGUAGUUUUUCAUCCUUUUUUUAUAAUUCAAAAUUUUGACGUAUUCUCCACUCCUUUUUGAUGAUGACGAAAAUUAUACCGAAUGUGUAAUGACUGUGUGUGGGUGUGUGUGCUGUACACUACUCCCACUUAUCACCCACCCACCUACAUCCAUCCACUCACCUACAACCACCCACAGACACACACACACACACUCCCACGCAGACGCAUAUCUAUCCUCUCUCUGAUAUAUGAUUUGUAUUCACUGUUAUUAUUAUUUGCGGGGAUUUUUUGUAUCACAGAUCUGGAACUCUUAUUUUUAUUCUGUCUGAAAGGAAACAACAACGUCUUUCUAUUGUGUUACAUGUGUGUAACCCUGAUCACAAUUUCUGUAUAUAUGUUAUGUGUAUAUUAACCAUUGAAAGACAAAACACAAAGUGAUAAUUAGUGGUUUAUAUCAGUUAUCAUUAUGAUCAAUAAUGUGCUGGUGUCGGUGUUGGUGUUAUUGUUGUUGUUGCUAUUGCUAGUAGUGUGAUAGUGACAAUCAUUAGGACAUUUCACGUUUCCACUACUAUUAUCUAUCUGGUUUUUUAUACUCCUUACCAAGAAUGUGUGCGUGUGUUUAUGAAUGUGUAUGUAUACAUAUACAUAAUUAGUCAUAAUAAAAAUAACUGCCAGUUUGUAUUAUUCUUAUAUAUAUACGUAUCAUUUCUUUUGAUUAUGAUUAUUGUUAUUCAUGGUGUGUGUAUGUGGGUGGGUGUGAUUGCGCAUUUUAUGACAAUAGACUAUCUAUAACUGACUGACUUACUGAUUGAUUUAGUGAGUGUUUUCAGGUCAGAAGAGAACAUUGAGGUAGUAAGAUGUAGCAGUUCAAGUUGUUGAACCCUUCAUUAGUACCCCAUCCCAGCCUUUGUCCCCUUCCUAUACACACACCUUUAAAGGAACUUUCAUAAACGGAACUGUACGACAGAAAGAAUAAUGGGGAUUUAAUGCGUCUGGAAGUUCAUAAAGAGUGGCAACAUUCUCUAGCCCAUUGGUUCCUAGCGGUUAUUGGAUGCCAACCAGGUAGUCUCCAAGUGUUGGUCUGUAGGGAUUUGAUUGAUUUGGUUACAGGAUUUCAUCAUCAGCUGACACAUUGUUUAGAGAAUCAUUGGAAAAUCAGCUGGGACUACUGGAC